UGCAUCAUAUUUUAUGUAACAAUGACAAUUAUUGUAAGAUUGAUUCUCAAAUUUCAAGAUAUUUGUUUAUAAUCAUAAUAUAAUCAUUCAACUCAAGAGCUGCCGUAUUCAGGCAGGACGGCAGCCUAAUUUAUAAAUUAUGUUGUGAAGUAUCAGAGGAAUGACACUGCAGCACAGAAACAAGUUUUGGUGAGCUUCCUACCGACAGGAGCAUUAUUUUCACUGAUAGAUAAUAGUAAAAGGCAGUCUUCUUUGUGAAGUAAUCAGUAAUCAUUGUGAUAAACCGCAGAAUGAGAUUGGAUAUUAUUCAAUCGGUUUUCUGACCAACAAUGUAGAUAAUUCUUCGAAAGAUUGAGGUUUCGAAAUGGUCACAAUGUUUAUUAUUUCAGCCGAGUAUAGUCUAACUUUCUUCCAAAUUAAUCCUAACUUUUAAAUUAUGUUUGUUAUACGCACGCGAGUGUAAUAGUGAACUAGUUUCUUGUGAUAUGAACUUUUUCCUCGGCCAAAAGCACGUGUUCGUCGGCGGAACAACAGUUGAAAUCAGAUGGGAAGUCCUAAUGAUGGAAAAGAUUACGAUGGUUUUCUCAGAGCAAAAUCCAACAUCAAUCUCUAUCUUUCUGCACUUGCAGCCAACAUGGCAUUCUUUUCAAGCGGAUGCAGUCUUUCAUGGACAUCGCCCAGCCUGCCCAAGCUGAUGGCAGAGGAUUCAUGGCUACCAAUGACCAAAGAGGAGGGAUCAUGGGCUGGAUCUUUACUGAUGCUUGGUGGCUCCCUUGGUCCUCUGAUAUCCACCAAUUUCCAGAGUAGAUUUGGAUGUAAGAAAGCUCUACAGGGAAAUUCACUUAUUCUCUUAUUGGGAUGGAUAGUACUGGGUGCUGCCAAUUCUAAAUUGGAGAUCUACAUUGGAAGGUUUCUCCAAGGCAUUGCCGUAGCAGUAUUUUUCAACUUGAUACCCAUGUAUAUGGGAGAAAUAUCAGAAAAAAACCUCCGACCUGCAAUGGCCACUCUAUCAGAGGUAUUUGUGUCCGGAGGUUAUAUGUUGGAAUAUGUUAUUGGACCCUAUGUUAGCUAUCGCACCCUAGCGCUCAUAUCAGGACUGCUACCGCUCAUCUCAUUCGUUCUACUUCUGUGGAUACCUGACUCUCCCCAUUAUCUAUUGAUGAAAGGAAGCAGCGAGGAAGCAGCGAGGAGUUUCUGCUGGUUAAGAGGCUUUGAAAAAGAAACUCGCACUGAGGAGUUUGACGAAUUGCGAAACUCCCUUCAAGAACAUGAAAACAAACAGGGAUCACUGAUUGAAAUUGUGAAAGUGCCAGUGAACAGGCGAGCAUUUUUCAUAGCCAACGGACUGUUAUUCUUUCAACAGUUCAGUGGAAUAAAUGUGGUUCUCUUCUAUGCUCAGCCUAUCUUCAUGUUGACUGGAGCUGAAUUCUCAUCUAGUGUAUCAGCAAUGAUCGUGGGAGCUGUUCAAACGAUUUCAGCUUGCUUUACUCCUCUGCUUGCCAACAAAUUCGGUUUCAAACGACCUUUGCUGGCUUCAGCUAUUGGAAUGGCUGUUGCGCAGGGUCUACUUGGAUUAUAUUUCUACUGCGGUCUAAAGGGCUACGAUCUGAGUUUCUACAGCUUUGUACCAGUUUCGUGCCUUGUCCUGUACAUUCUGGUGUAUUGCCUGGGUUUUGGUCCACUUCCUUGGGCAGUUAUGGGUGAAAUGUUCAGCCCACAAGUGAAGUCACUAGCUUCUUCAAUUAGUACCUCAUUCUGUUUCUUCCUUGCAUUUCUUAUAACAAAAUUCUUUUCAAAUUUGUCAGACUCUAUUGGUACUUUUGCUGCAUUUUGGCUAUUUUCAGGCUUUUGUCUAUUAGCUCUAAUAUUCGUAAUUUGCUUUGUUCCUAACACAAGAGGCAUGUCUUUGGAGGAAAUACAGGAUCUAUUGAAUGAGAAGAUUUCAUUGACACGUCAACGUAACUCGAGUACAAAAGGCUACCUGCCACUACCACAGGAGUGAUAUUUCUGACUGAAAUAACUGUUACUAAAUAAUAUAAGAUUUUAUUUAAAAGAUUGAAAGACUUGUCUCUGAAUUCAUUUUUCACCAAUGAUUUUCCGACCUCAGGACCGAUUUUUUAUGUUCAUAAUCCAUCCAUGAUGAUAUGCAAAUGUUUCUGCGUACCUUUAAACUUUAUAUUUCAGAAAAAAUCACUCUUGUCAACUAAUAUUUAAGGCUGUGAAACAGGCUAAGAAACCUUUUUAAUGGUGAUAUUUUUCAAGUUUUUCGAUUAGGAAACUAUCAAAAUGAGAAAAAGUUUCUCAGAAUUUUUUUAGACAUUUAUUUUUGAGAUAUGAGCACCUGAAGUUUAAAUUUUUAAAACAGAUCAUUUCAAAUUCGGUGAGAGAUGAAUUCAUGAUUUUUUUAGGAUACAUUCAUUCUUCACGGCAUUGUGAAUUAAAUAAAAAAUAUUUUUCUCAAAAUAUCAAUUUUUUGAGAAAGUUAUUCAAUUUUCAUAAAAUAACUCAAAUCAAGUUAUUUUUAAAAAAUUAUGUUUUCUGAAAAAAAUCCUUAUUAUAUAAAAUAAGGAACGCAGUAUUUACAAAGAACGUAUAUCUUUGUUGAUUGAAAUUGAACUGUGAUUGAAUUUAGUGCAAACUGUCAGAUAUUACAAGUGGCGAACUUCAAUAUUGCAAUAAUUCAAGUUGUUGCUAGAAGACCAGUGUCAAUUUGAAAAUUUUACAAUUGAAAUAAUAAUCAUUCGCCCCAUUAUCCACGCACAAGCCUAGAGCUCAUGUGGGCAUCACCCUCAGCAAAAAAAAAAAAAUGAUAAAGAAGUUUCUCUUUGAAGUUCAAUGAACCAACUACUAGGACUACCACUUGUUGGCCAGCGCAAUAAAUAAAAUAUAUUAGUAGUGACCAAUAUGCAGUAAUACUUUUCUUUCAAAAGAAUCCCUUACUUCCAAUGCAAAGAGAGUAACAAUGACGCUUCAGAUAUCUAAGUGAAUAUAUUGAUAUUUCACCUGCUAUGCGUAUAUUAUACCGUGACGUGUGUGGCGCGAGCUAUUAUACAACGGCACUGUCAAGUCGAUAAGCAAGUAUCACAGAGGAGUUCAGCGUGCAUUGUAGUGGAACCACCCACAGAAACGUCUUCAAAAACAAAGCAAUGCUGAUUACUGUGAAUGCUGAUAGAGUUUGGAAGUUGACUAAUACCAUGAGUUGGAAAAGCAGUGAAAAUAAUAAUCUAUUAAUGAAAAUUUUAAGAAAUUUUCAAGAAAAUUAUAUUUUUCAGUUUCUUUACAAAUUCUACAAACUUCAUGCUUCUAAAAAUUAAUAAAGUGGUAGGCUUCUAAAUAAAUAGCAUGGCUUAAAGAUACAAAUAAACAACUUACAAAUGCAAUACCAUAUCAGGUUGAUCCAAAAUAAUUCUACAAACUUCAGACUUCUAAAAAAUAAUAAAGUAGUAGGCUUCUAAAUAAAUAGCAUAGCUUAGAGAUAUAAGUAAACAACAUACAAAUGCAGUACCAUAUCAAGUUAAUCCAAAAUAAUUAUACUACGUUACUAGACAUCAAUAUAUAACUCAUUGGCGACGGAUAAUAAUGCACCUGUAAUAAUUCUUGUUUGCAUAAUAAUGACUCCUAAACUUCAACAUAGAUAUUGAGCAAAACAGUAAAUUUCAAUAGCAAAUGCAAUUAAAAAGGGGAAAAUGCUGGCAAAUGAAUAAUAUAUCAAUUCACAGAAUCAAUGAGAUCAUUAUAUUAAUAACCGUAUUUCCUAUAUGAUAGUUAUUCUGUUCAAACCAAACUUACAUGAAUGUUGGAACACAGAAUUUACACUUGAAAAAAUCAGCGAAGAGUGAAAGUCCAAACUAUGGAAGACAAACCAUUUACGAAAUAAUAUUAUUGUAGAGUAUUUAAAUAAUAAGUAAAAAUUCAU